AUGUCCAAUUACACUCCGACGAAUAGGAGGAUACGUUGUUUCAGUUUUAGAAGAAGGAGAAAUGUGUUUGAUUAUGUCAACGUGCCGACCCAGGCCACGUUACAGCAACUUCAUCAACCAACAAACACCCAGAGAGAGGAACCUCCAGAGCCUUCGAAACAUGACGAUAACAGGUCAGACACAACCGACGAUGAACAGGAUUUGGAACCAGAGACACAAAAGUAUGAAACAUAUCACCCAUACGUAACAAACUAUCAUUCCACGGAAAAGUAUGCGAAGAAGCCGACCUCUAAAAAGGUGACACCAAAAUCGUCUAUAGGAGAGCCGCCACCACCGCCGAAGCCACCAUUAAACCACGCGCCCUCAGGACCGAAGUAUUUGGAGUACGGAGUUGUGGAUCUGCAGACCGAUUUUCAGAAAUUGAGUACCGAGACGAUUACUAGAUCAAGUAGGAAGGGCUCAGUGACCUACCACUCGUUUACGAGAGAAGAUCACGCACCGUCGAGAGAUGUGCUGGGAGUAGGAAGUAGGUUUCUGAUAGGAGGAAAGCUGAGCGACGGAAAGCCGUCAAUGGAAAGCAGAGUGUGGGACAUGAUAGAGCGCAGAGGCUGGGGAAUGGUACACGAAAACUGGAACAUGGUGGGAGCAAGAGCGUUCAACAGCAUAGUUAAGUACCUGACAGGAAUGGAAAUAUCGCUCUGCAGACAAGUCUGCAAGGGCUGGUACCAGAACGUGACAGACGUUAUGGUGAUGAGGUCAGAAGUGAUAGUGUCAGCCUUCAAGAAAGCAUACAAGGAGAAGCUGGAGUACGACAGAAGCUACAUACUCUUUCAGCCAGUGCUGACUGCAACAAAGUCGCUGAGAAUCGACGUAAUCAUCAGAGCGAAGAUACAGCCCUACUGCACACUGCACAAAAACUCGUUCGGAUACACGUACUCAUACCAGUCGCUGUCUAGCGACUCGAAGAAGAACGAAGGAACGCAGAGCGCAAGCGAGCCGACCAGAAGAGACAGCAUACGAGAAACAAUCGGACUCUUCAACCGCAAGCUGUCAAAGUCGAAGAACGUGGCGACGACGGCCGCAGCGGACACGCUGGGGAAAAAGUCGGUCUUCAUAAGCAAGUUCAUAUUCGAAGUUUUGAAGAAAAACAGCUGCAGAACCAUCACGUUCACGCGCGACCUCUCAAGCAUGCACGCAGACGACAUUAACCUGGCGACGAGCGCAAGCGUGUGCCAAGUGUGCGAAGGAGACUACAUCGAGGUCCCGAUAACGCUCAUCAGCGCAAUAGGAGCGACCGACGUGAAGAGCAUCAAGUUCCUGCCAAUCGUGAGGGACGUGCUCUCGAAGGCGCCCUCGCACCUGGACCUGCUGCACAGGGAGUGGUACACGGUGGAGCCGAACUCGAAGUACCUGGAGCAGCUGUUCCCGCAGAACAUUCACUCAUACUCGAUCAUACACCCGCACAAGCUGCUGCCGCAGUUGGUGCACCAGGUGACGCAGGUGGCAGGAAUAGACGUGAUAACGUCGAAGUCGAUCUACGUAGCAUCGCACACAGGAAUGGUAGUUGAAUCAUGUAACAUUAUUGGACACACGGUAGAAGUUGUACCAAAAACGGACUCUAUAAUAUGUAUGAUACAAAGAAUAGGGUUACAACACGACCGAAUAUGCCACGUGCAGCUAAGACCAGGCGAUAACCUACAAUUUUACAUAACGAAGGGGUAA